AUGGGGCUGAAGGCGCGGCGCGGCGCGGCGGGCGGUAGCGCGGCCGGCGGGGCGGCGGCGGCGGCGGCGGAGCGGCGGGCGGCGGGCGGCGACCCCGAGCAGGGCUCGCUGGCCCUGGGCUCCGGCGCCGACCGCGACGGGACGCUGCUGCUGGAGGGCGCCGGCAAGGAGGAGGGCGGCAAGCGGAGCCCGCCGGGGCUCGGGCUGCUGGCCAAGACCCCCCUGAGCAGACCGGUGAAGAGGAACAACGCCAAGUACCGGCGGAUCCAAACUUUGAUCUACGACGCCCUGGAGCGGCCCCGCGGCUGGGCGCUGCUCUAUCACGCCUUCGUAUUUCUGAUUGUCUUGGGGUGUUUGAUCUUAGCUGUCCUAACAACUUUCAAGGAGUAUGAAACCGUUUCAGGAGACUGGCUCCUCUUGCUGGAAACUUUUGCCAUUUUCAUCUUCGGAGCAGAGUUUGCCUUAAGGAUCUGGGCUGCUGGGUGUUGCUGUCGCUAUAAAGGAUGGAGGGGGAGACUCAAGUUCGCCAGGAAGCCUUUGUGCAUGCUCGAUAUCUUUGUGCUGAUUGCUUCAGUGCCAGUGGUUGCUGUUGGGAACCAGGGCAAUGUUCUGGCCACAUCUCUCAGAAGCCUCCGUUUCCUGCAAAUCCUACGGAUGCUCCGAAUGGAUAGGAGGGGUGGCACAUGGAAACUUUUGGGAUCGGCCAUUUGUGCACAUAGCAAAGAACUCAUCACUGCUUGGUACAUUGGGUUCCUGACGCUCAUCCUAUCCUCGUUUCUUGUUUAUCUGGUUGAAAAAGAUGUGCCUGAAAAGGAUGCUAAUGGGGUGGAGAUGAAAGAAGAGUUUGAAACCUAUGCAGAUGCACUGUGGUGGGGGCUGAUCACCCUGGCUACAAUCGGGUAUGGCGACAAGACCCCCAAGACGUGGGAGGGACGGCUGAUUGCAGCUACCUUCUCUCUCAUUGGAGUGUCAUUCUUUGCUCUUCCUGCUGGCAUUCUGGGUUCAGGGCUGGCACUGAAGGUCCAGGAGCAACAUCGCCAAAAACAUUUUGAGAAAAGAAGAAAGCCAGCAGCUGAACUUAUUCAGGCUGCCUGGAGAUACUAUGCUACUAACCCCAACAGGAUUGAUCUAGUUGCUACCUGGAGGUUUUAUGAAUCAAUUGUAUCAUUUCCAUUUUUCAGGAAAGAGCAAUUGGAUGGUACUGCCAGCCAAAAGCUGGGUCUCUUGGAUCGGGUUCGUGGUACCAAUACUAAAGGAAAGCUAUUUACCCCUCUGAAUGUAGAUGCCAUUGAAGAAAGUCCUUCAAAAGAGCCUAAGAAUGUUGGCUUGAAUAAUAAGGAGCGUUUUCGCACUGCAUUCCGAAUGAAAGCGUACGCUUUUUGGCAAAGCUCAGAAGAUGCAGGAACAGGGGAACCCAUGGCAGAAGACAGAGGUGACAGCAAUGAGUUCCUCAUGGAAGAUAUGAUCCCUACAUUCAAGACAGCCAUCCGAGCUGUCAGAAUACUACAGUUUCGUCUCUAUAAAAAAAAAUUCAAGGAGACCUUGAGGCCUUACGAUGUAAAGGAUGUGAUAGAGCAAUACUCAGCAGGGCAUCUUGAUAUGCUGUCCAGAAUAAAAUACCUUCAGGCAAGAGUAGAUAUGAUUUUUACACCUGGACCUCCAUCUACUCCCAAGCAUAAGAAAUCCCAAAAGGGAGGAGCUUUUUCUUACCCUUCACAACAGUCUCCCAGAAAUGAUCCGUAUGUAGCCAAAGCAUCUACAGCAGAUACUGAAGACCAAAGUAUGAUGGGCAAAUUUGUCAAAGUUGAACGACAGGUUAAUGACAUGGGGAAGAAACUGGAUUUUCUUGUUGAUAUGCAUAUGCAUCAUAUGGAGCAGCUGCAAAUACAAGUUGCUGAGAUAAGUCCAUUGAAAGAUACUGUUUCUCCUGCAAAGGAGAAGAGAGAAGAAAACAAAUAUUCUGAGUUAAGAACAAUAAUAUAUAAAUACACUGAGCAGUGUACUCAUGAAACUCCUCAUAACUUCCAACAGGUUCCAGUCAACAAAGUCAGUCCUUAUGGUUUCUCAGCACAUGGUCAUACAACUCGUUCACAACCUUUAUCAAUAGGUGGGCAAAACUCUGGCAAACUGCAAGCCACACCUUCCACAACUUCGUAUGCAGAAAGACCAACAGUUUUGCCUAUAUUUACAUUAAUGGACUCCCAGGUUAGCUACCACUCCCAAGGAGGCCUCCAGAGCCCUUACUCAGAUAAGAUGUCUCCAAGGCAGAGGAGGAGCUUUACAAGAGACAGCGAUACUCCGUUAUCCCUUCUCUCUGUCAACCAUGAGGAACUUGAGCGUUCCCCAAGCGGCUUCAGUAUCUCCCAAGACAGAGAUGACUUCCCUUUUGGCCCAAAUGGGGGAUCAGCAUGGAUGAGAGAGAAACGCUACCUAGCAGAGGGUGAAACGGACACAGACACCGAUCCUUUUACACCAAGUGGCUCCAUGCCUUUGUCUUCAACAGGGGAUGGGAUUUCAGACUCAAUAUGGACCCCUUCAAAUAAGCCAGUUUAAAAGUGUGUGUGGGGGCAGUCACUGGCUGACUUCUCCAUGUAAUGUAAGCAUACUUUGUAUAUCCCACUUACUCUACACCCAAAGCUUACUAGUUCAAAACACCAACGGCUGCAUAAGAUGCAUGUGAUAUUAGUGGUAGUCAUUCUGCACCAUUUCAUACAAUUUACUAAUGCAGUUUUUUUCAUGCUACCAAAACUAAGGAGCUUAGUUUUGAGCAUGGUUUGCAUGACUUUACCCUAUAUAAAUGGUACAGCUGAUUUCUUCUAUGAUACAUAUCUAACUGAUACUCUUCAAUAUAAUAAUGGUGGAUUGGUAAUAGACAAGAUAUGGUGGUCCUUGCUACUUUCUGUAAACAGAGCAGCAAAGUCAAAAUAGUUUCAGGAGCAAUAUCCUUCUAUGGAUCUGGAUCCAUUUUCAAAUGUAAAAAAGAAAAUCAAUUUCUAUCCAAAUUAACCAAGAGCAUCCUACAUUCU